GGCGGCGGCUAUGGAGACAGCACUGAUUACUCUGGUGAAGGACGUCGUACCGGUGGGGGCGGCGGUGGUUACGGAGACAGUUACUCUAGCGAAGGACGUACUGGACAUGUCGGUGGCGGAGACAGUUACUCGGAAGAAGGACACGGCGGCCGUGGCGAGACCACUGCUUACUCUUCUGAUGAGCCCUACGGCGGACGGUACAGCGAGGCAUCUGAAACCUAUGGGUCUAGUGACUCUGGAGACUACAAGAAGCAGGAGAAGCACCACAAACAUCUCGAGGAACUUGGGGAGCUAGGUUCUGCUGCUGCUGGCACUUAUGCAUUGUAUGAGAAGCACGAGGCAAAGAAAGACCCAGAGCAUGCUCGCAGGCACAGGAUAGAGGAGGAGAUUGGGGCAACAGGGGCAGUUGGUUCGGGUGGGUAUGCCUUCCACGAGCAUCAUGAGGAGAAAGAGUCAGAGAGAGAAGAGGAAGAGUCUCAUGGAAAGAAGCAACACCACCUCUUCUAAAUAAUCUCAAUUAAUCAAUAUCGAUCUUUAUUGAUUACCUAUUUAAGUGGUUUAUUUGUAUGCAUCCCUUUAAUUAUUUGUGUGAUGUUUAAUUAUGAUGAAUGCUCAGUAUUUUGUUUCUGAGAAUUGAU